UCAGUUUUCUCGUUAGAGCAUACACUAUUCGAUUUGCCCAAGUUUGGAGAACUCCUGCAGAACGUCACCGUGCCGGUUGGUCGUGAGGCUGUGCUUCAGUGUGUCGUUGACAAUUUGCAAACGUAUAAGAUUGCGUGGCUACGUGUCGAUACACAGACGAUUUUAACGAUACAAAAUCACGUCAUAACCAAAAAUCAUCGCAUGAGCAUUACUCACGCCGAGAAACGUGCUUGGAUACUGCGUAUACGUGAUGUCAAGGAGUCCGACAAAGGAUGGUAUAUGUGCCAAAUAAACACGGAUCCGAUGAAGAGUCAAGUCGGCUAUUUGGAUGUUGUCGUGCCACCAGACAUACUGGACUAUCCCACCAGCACGGACAUGGUCAUACGCGAGGGGUCAAACGUAACCCUCAAAUGCGCCGCGACCGGGUCGCCAACGCCAACGAUAACCUGGCGACGCGAAGGUGGCGAGCUGAUACCACUGCCCAAUGGAGCUGAGGCUAUCGCAUACAAUGGCUCGUUUCUGACCAUCGCCAAAGUGAAUCGCUUGAAUAUGGGCGCCUAUCUCUGCAUUGCCUCCAAUGGCAUACCGCCAACAGUUAGCAAACGCGUCAUGCUCAUUGUGCACUGUAAGUAUUUGGGAAAUGGGGAAUGGCUGCAGUUCGGGCCAAAUGGGUUAAAUUUCAUUGCGGUUAUAUACGAGCUUGCUACGCCGCCCACACACAUACACACACACACAAACAAACAAACAAACAAACACACACACAUCCAUACACCCACUCAUCACGAUGUACAUGAAGCAAUUACUAAACGUAUUUAUCACUCAUUCUGUAUCUCCAUCUCUCUAUCUCUCUCCCUCUCUCUUUCUCUCUCUAUGGCAGGUGAACGCUUUGUGCCAGAAACCUUCGAGUCGGGCUAUAAAAUAACAAUGCGUCUGACCAUCUACGACGUUGACAUUUCCGACUUUGGUGCCUAUCGCUGUGUGGCCAAGAAUUCGCUGGGCGACACAGAUGGUGCGAUCAAAUUGUAUCAUAUUCCGCAAACAACAACAAUUACUACAAUGGCGCCCACUGUAUCAAUUAACACCGUGCCUGUCUAUAACGUCAAGUACAACAAGGAGCAACGCUACAGCAGCAACAGCAAUUCGAACAGCAAUAAUCCCUACAACUACAACAACAGUCCACAGAACAGCAACAGCAAGUCGCAACGCAACAAGGGCAAAUCCUUGGAUCAGGCGCCAUCGACACUGAACAAUGUGUACAUGGGCGCCACGUCGAGCUUGUGGAACUCACAGGAUCAUCACUCGCCGGGCACAAGCCGUGGCAGAGAUCAUCACCAGCAGCAGCAGCAGCAGCAUCAGCAACACCAGCAGCAGCAGCAUCUGGUGCCCGAUCAUGGCGCCACCUAUCGGUCGGACGGCAAGAAUACGCCCUUGAAGCACGACGCCAAAUCGCUGACCGACGAAAUGGAUCGCAUGCAGGACCUCAAAAGCUCAGCCGCUGUGCACAUACACAACAUACUACACUCGUUGAUUAUCGUUGUCUACCUGGGGGCGUGGCAGGCCUAAGAAUUUAAGCAAGAAAUUAAGUAAUAAUCUGUACAAAAUAAUAAAACAGUUCGUAGAUCUAAGCUAAAUCAGUUGUAAGCAAUUAAUUCGAGAGAGAUUCGAUCGAGAGCUAAAUGUAAAAAGUUGUUGUUGCUUAGCGCGUAAGUUGAAAAGGGUUUUCGUACACACACACACACACACACACACAGGCACACAUAGACACCCACAUAAUGCAGACAGGUUUACAAACAUACAACGGAACUACAAAGUAUUAGCAUGUAAAAUUGAAGCGAUUCGCAAAUUUGAAAAAAGGACAUCCUAGAGCUUAGGAUUGACGUGUGUUGUAUUAGGCGGAACAACUAAUGAACUACAACUAAAAACAAAAAGCAAAAAAAGAACAACUAUAAGCUACAUUUAAAUCUAGGCUUAAGUCAAAUGGUCGAGUGGAGAGCAGCCAACCUUCGUAUGAAUCGUUGCGAAAGCGACGG